AUGGCACCUAUGCCCCUCCUGUUCCUGGUUUUCCACCUCUCCUUCAUCCGUUUUUCAGACGCCCAGACCAUCAUCGGCUCCUCCCGCCCUCCUCUUGACCUUCCAAGUGACUCCUCGCCUCCUCCAACCAAAGACACUAUUCCAUUCUGGCCCUCUUCGCGUCCCCGAGGGCGCAGUGAUGUGCCGAUCAAAGUUAGACUCCAGGACACUUUAACAACAACAAAUGCUGUCGAGCAGGAGCGAAGAAUAACGCAUCCAGCAACACAGUUCAAUCCCUCUUUCGUGUCGAGGCUUCCUACGCAACACCUUUCUGGAGGAGGGACUGGAACCCAACCCACAGCCUCCAGGUCCAGGACUGACACAGCGAGAUUACUAGCUAGCAGUGCUUCCACAAGAGACCCUGCUGUAAAAGGCCCACUGCUGCCCACGCUGCCCUCCACUGAUGUUGAGACUGCAGAUGUGGAAGCAGGGAGUCCAGCGGAGGAGCUGGACAAAGUGACAAAGGACGUGGAUUCACAAGGAUCUGGAUCAAACAGAACUCACGCGGCAGUGUUGGUGCAGAAAGAACCACCUGAUCCUCUGCCAACAGUCGGUGAUGAACUGGCUCAGUAUCGGCCACAGGAGCAGACCAUGAUAUCCACACUGACAGAUGCAAAACCCACAGGUCCGGACAGUGAGACCACGAAGACUUACCCAUUUGUGCUGACAACGAGUGAAACAACCAGCACAACUGCCACAACACCACAGCCCAGGACAAGUGCCACGCCAUCUCCUAUAGGAACCCAGAAAUCUCCUCAGAUUGAAGAAUUUCCAGGUCAGGUCUCUUCAAAGAAUCCUUCAACCGACAGAGUUUAUGCAAUGCAAGACUCUGCUGCUAUGACAACUGCCAAGCCCACAUCUGACGCUGCUGGCUAUCCCGACAAACAGCCACAGACGGCAGGACAGCCUGCCACAAACCACAGUUUGCAUCCCAGCACUUCAACACCACAAGCGACCCAAACAUCUACAACAGGUGAGCCGACCAGGACAAAGGAGGCUGAUGGGACAACUUCCAAGACAGCAACCCAAAGCAGCAAACCAGCAAAACUGGGAAAGCUCAACGCAAGCACAACCGAGCCGUCCGCCAGUACAGGCUCAUCCUCCCUCCUCACCACAAGUGUUCCUGUUAUAAAGUCAAGACUCGGCCCAACGUAUCAGGCUGGUGUUAUUCAUAGAAACCGCUCUCUCAACCUGGAUCAUCCACACCAAGCUCCCCACGCCACCUUUAUCCCAGCCCCCUCUCCCAGCGCCAACCCCUUCCCUAAUGGCACGCUUUUGUACUGGAACGAUUUGAGCAGGACGCUGGCUUUCGCCUGGGAGCUGCACGUCUACGGGUCGGCGAGCCUCUUCCUCCUCCUGUUUGCUGGGGCCGCUCUGGGCCUCACGCUAGCCCCUGGCACGACUUGUCCUCACCGAGGUGCGCUAGCACUGGCCAACGCUCUGUUGUUCCUGGCUGGAGGCCUUAGGGCAGCUCUCUUUUUCAUUGAUCCUUACGGCACAAGAAAAUUCCUCCCUCGCCCCGUGGUCACGGCCCUCUAUAACCUGCCCCUGCACCUGCUGGUGUGGGCGCAGGCCUCCCUGGCACUGCUGGCCCUGAGGGCGGCCGGGGUCAGCGUGUUGCCCCCAACUUUGGAGCGUCCUCCUCUGGUGGCGGUCCUGGCUGUGCUGCAGAGUACGCUGCUGUUAGCUGCCGAUCUGCUGUCACCGGCGCUGUCCCCUGUGGUGCCGGUCACUCUGCAGGUUCUGUCCCUGUGCUGGGGCCUCUCUCUCUGUUUGGGCUUCCUCUGCUAUGUUUUUCCACGUAUACGUUGCCCCCCUGUCCCCAACCAAGGAGUCCCGGACGAAACCAGGAGGAAGACUUGGGUAGGGAGUCGGAGAAUGGGGGUGAUUCUGGGGAGGACACUGGCAGUUUGUGCAGUUCUAGGGGCGUUGUGUUGUGGGCUCCAUAUCCAUGCUACUUUGUGGCUCUAUGGACUGUUAGGGGACUGGACACGCUUUAGCUGGGGGUGGUGGCUCGUGCAUUUCUGGGCCCGACUUCUGGAACUGGCCUGGGCAUUUGCCCUCUUACUCCUGGGUUCGUGGGUGUUCUGGAGACCGGCAGUGUGCAGGGGAAGGGAGGAAGGAGGACAAGACGGCAGAGCAGCAGCAGAUCUCCCAUCCCCUGGUCAAUCUGCGGGCUCUCCCCAAAGACACACCUGCUGGUCCAAGAUAGUCCAAAGUCUGAGGGGGAAGCCCUGCAGGAAGUCCGACAGCAACGGCGUGGGUGCCCCCGGGGAAGUGCCUAACAACUGGGCUGGCCAGGAGCGCCCUGGAGCCGACAUCAGCAAAAGUCUCAUCCGGAACCAGAACCAUGAGCAGAGCAGCGCUCAGCCACGCUGCGUCAAAGACAGUAACCACGGACGCAACCACCGCGGCCACUCCGCCGAGCGAGGAAUAGCCGACGGUUCCGCUGGCUCGCUGCUGAGACUGCAGGCGCUGGGUCAGCCGCCGCACCGCUCGGUCAGCGGCAGCCUGGACCAGGAGAGGGAUACCUCACUGUCUUUCUAUGAGUUUGAUCUGCGGCCCCCCUCCCCCAUUGACCUUACCCGCAGCAUUGAUGAGGCUCUACACAGAGAACAUCUGAUUGUAGGGGGGAGUCUUUUCCAUCCUUUGAACCCACCUUCACAGUCACCGUCUCCGGGCUCCGGGUGCAGCCAGGGGCCGUGGCUCCGCAGGAACAGUGACCCUCAGCUGCUCUCCGAGAGCAGCGAGGCCCCCACAGAGUCCUCGAUGCCGUUGGGGGGCAGCAUUCUCAGCAGCGUGCCCAGCAGGCAGGUGACCGCUCCCCCUACGCCAUCCCACCAGGGUCACAGGUGGGGCGGGAAUGCAGCAAACGUUCCCUCAUCGGUGUCCUGCCCGGUGUCGCUUCGUCCCUCCACAACAUCGACGGGGAAUCUGGGGGAGGACGGACUGGACGACACGCGGCCGUUUAUCACCCCGGACUCUGAGAGAGCGAGAGCGGCCAGGCCAGUGGGGUCGCGCAGUUACCUGGAAGUCAGUCGACACGACGACUCGGCCAGCGUCGGCAAAAAGACCAAGGCAGAAGUUCAACAGUCAUUAUCUAAGUUAUCAGUGGUGCAUCUCGGGUUUGGUAGUGUCUUGAAGAAUAAAGAGCACCAUCUGCUGGAGAAAUCUGAUGCAUUAAGCCCCAGAGAGGUGGUCAACACAUCUGGAGAGGAAUAG